AUGGCAGCCUCCAUGGACUUCAAUGUGGGAUCCAAAUCCGAACAGAAAACAGCUUCAGGGAAGCCCUGUAGAGCGUGUACAGACUUUAAAUCAUUUGCAAAGGGACAAGGAGUAGCAAUGCCACCAGGGAUGCAGAUGAAUGGGAAACCAACAACAAGUGAAUCAAAAGAAGCAGUUAAUCCGGAGUGCCCCUUAGACCGAGAAGAGCUGGGCAGAAAUACCUGGUCCUUCCUUCAUACGAUGGCAGCAUAUUACCCAGAGGAGCCCUCAAAGAACCAACAGAGUGAAAUGGGACAAUUCAUCAAUCUCUUCUCCAAGUUAUUUCCCUGUGACGUAUGCGCCGAAGAUCUCAGGGAAAAAUUAAAAACAAACCAGCCGGAUACAAGCAGUCGUCACCGUCUCUCACAGUGGUUCUGUCAGCUUCACAAUGACGUAAGCCGAAGGAUUGGCAAGCCAGAGUUUGAUUGCUCUAGAGUGGAUGAGAGAUGGAGGGAUGGAUGGAAGGAUGGAUCCUGCGACUGGUGACAGAGGGCGUGUUGCUACCCAUUAUAAAGAGGGCGUGGUGCCACCCAUUAUUAAGCGGGCACCAUGACCAAUAUCAGGAGGGUGUGGUGCCCUCAUUAUCAGGAAAAUCUCAUCCCAGUAAUGCUUUUGAAUACCUUAUUUUUUCUAGAAUUUUAUAUACAUUAUAAAUAUUAUUGUUGGCUCGACCGGUAAAAGCAGAUGUGAUGUUUUUCCUACUUGGUAUGAUUUUGAUCUUGAUCUUGAAAACACCCACAAAGUUAAAACAAAAUUCAUUUUUUUUUACCCUGAGCACAUGUCAAAUAUUUACCUAACCUGACUCUUAAGUACAACUAUUUGACUAUUUUAUAUUAACUACUGAUGCAAUAAUGUGUUAUUAUAUAAAAGAACUGAGUGAAUUUUAUUAUUAUUAAACUGCUACAUUUCUGAAGAUGUAUAAAAACUGGAAGAUUGUUAUACGUCUGGAUUAUUCACCGAUUAAUUGACCGCCUUGCGAUAUGACCCCUCUACUAGGUUCACAUGGUAUUAGGAAUUGUCAUUAAAAUAUAAUGUCCUUGUUAUCUCACCAGCUGCCGAUUUCACAAAACUCUUCCUAACUUAAGACUAAACUUAGGACUUAGGAUGAGUCCCAACCCUGCACUGUAGC